CACAUGGAAAGGGCAGUAAUAAAGCCCUCCUUAAACCAUAAUUGACGACGUCACAUCCCUUUCUAUUACGGAUAUUUAAUAAAACGGAGAGAAAUUAGAGAGAGAUCAACAAAUAAAAAAAACGUUCUUCUUUCUUUUCUUUUUCUGAAAAUAAUGUUUAAAGCACAUGAUAUAUCAAUGCAAUUGCCUGACGGUCGUUGGUUAUUCAGAGACAUCAGUUUCGAAUUAGAAAAAGGAGAUACGCUUGUGAUGCGUGGUCCAAGUGGAGUUGGGUAACACUCAAAAGAAGGAAUUUUAACUGUAGUACAAAUUAAACAUUUUUUUUUUAAAUAGUAAAACCACCUUAUUGAAAUGUAUUGCUGAACUGGUACCUUAUAAUAAUGGUUACAGCACAUUAAAUGAUAAGGAUGUUAGGGAUUACUCUAUACCAUCUUGGCGUUCCCAUGUCAUGUACGUACCUCAACGUCCUGCUGUUCAUCCUGGAACACCACUCGAUCUAUUCAACCUCGUUACAAAAUACGCUAGUCAGAAAAAUAAAAAAUUUGGAAAUCCUAUCGAGAUUGGCGUCCAAUGGAAUCUAUCAGAGUCCCACUUUCAUGAGAAAUGGUCUAACCUGUCGGGUGGUGAAAUGCAACGGGCUGCUUUAGCUGUAGCUGUCUCACUCAACCCUGAUGUCCUUUUACUUGACGGUGAGUGUAAACAAGAAUGAAAACGGAAUUAUAAAAAGACACUAACAAAUAAGUAGAACCCACGUCGGCACUCGAUCCCGAGUCUGUUCUGCUAGUGGAAAAGUACCUCAAGUCAAGAACAUGUAUCUGGAUCACUCACGACCCCAGGCAACAAGAACGCGUGGCCACACAUACUUUAACACUUGUAAAAUCACACGAAUCUACACCAACAGAUUCAAUUCGAU